CUCGUCAAUUCCCUGCAUUCUUCAUCACAGUUACUUUCUACAUUACAUGCCACAUAAAUAACCGAAUUUAUCUAGCUUCUGAACAAUAUCCCAAUUUGCAAUUAGCAUUAGUCUAAAAAUAUAAUUCAGAAAACACUCGACAUAUCAUCAAAACAUAAACAGAACAUCUCCUCAAACACAUAUCAAGGUUAUUUAAAAACCUCGAAAGCAUAAACACUCAUUCAAAGUAACUGGAAAAAUUAGACAUGUUACCAUAAGAUCUAACAUCCUCAGCAGCACGAGCUGACCGAUAAAUCUAACACACCAAGAGAGGCGGGACUUAAGGCAGAACAGCCAAUCAUCAUCCGGUCACACUCAAAGGCGGAGUCAUGUUGGAGAGGGAGGGGGAGGAGUCCGGGUGUUUAACCCCAUUCACUGAGAAAAGUACGCCCCUGGUGCGCAUGCCCAGUGGAGGUAACUGUAUCCCUUUAAGUCAAAACCCACAAGCUAGUGAGAACGUGUGUAGCCUACAAAUGUUCGUGACCGAUAGAUUAUUUUGCGUUAGUCUGUGUCUACACAUGAUCUGAUUCUGAAGCACGGCAACAUGAUUCUGACGGCAACAUAAUUCAGGAGCUACAGACCUGUCUGAUACUUAGACUAGUGUACAUAACGGACACCUUUUAAUCCUCAGUUUUACUGAUGUUUGUCGCUUUCGUAUGGCAGAGAAGGGAACGGCCAUCUGUGCGUCUGGAAUCAACAGAAAAAUGAAGAUCAGGAUUGUGUGUUUAUUACUCGUGUGCGGUGUGUUUAGUGUUGAUGCAGAUGAAGUGAAGUCUGUGUCAGUGAUGGAGGGAGAUUCUGUCACACUACACACUGAUCUCACUGUCAUACAAACAUCUGAUGUGAUAUGGUGGAGGUUUGGAGAAGGCGAAUCUGUUCAUCUUUUAGUUGAUAUUGAUAAAAACUGUUUCGCAUAUAAUGGUCCAUUCACAGAAAGACUUCAGACAGACAGUCAGACUGGAGAUCUCACCAUCACAAACAUGAGAAUCAAACACUCUGGACCCUAUGAAGUUCAGAUCAACAGAGCUACAACAACAUACAAGAGAUUCAGAGUUAAUGUCACAGUUGCUCCAAGUGUUAUCAGUGCUGGUGAUGUGAAGUCAGUGACUGAGGGAGAUUCUGUGACUCUACACACUGAUGUCCAAACACAGAGAGAUGAUCUGAUACUGUGGAGGUUUGGAGAGGAUGGUGUUCUCAUAGCUAAACAUGAUAAAGAAGACAAUAAGAGCUCAAUAUAUGAUGCUGAUGGGAUGUUCAGAGACAGACUGAAGCUGGAUCCUCACACUGGAUCUCUCAUCAUCACAAACACCAAAACCACAGACACUGGACUUUAUAAACUAAAGAUCAGCAGCAAUAGAGACACAAAAUACAAGACAUUCAGUGUUUCUGUCAGUGAUGGAGGUCUAUCUUCAGGAGGUGUAGCUGGAAUAGUGUUUGUUGUUCUGCUGUGUAUCGUUGUUGUUGUGUUUGUGUUUCUCCGCAUUAAUUAUGAACGUCAGAAACAAAUGGUUACAGUAAAGACAGUGAUUGAGGACGAGAGUUCUGUCACUCUUGAGUCUGAUGUUCCUGAACUCCAGUCUGAUGAUGUGAUCGAGUGGAGCUUUAGAGAUAAAGUGAUAGUCAUAUUCAGUAUGAACAACAAGCUCUUUACUGAUGAACAGAGACUCAUAGACAGACUGCAGGUGGAUGAUCAGACUGGAUCUCUCAUCAUCACAAACAUCAGAACAGAAGACGCUGGACUGUAUAAAGUAAAGAUCAGCAGCAGCAGUCGACUGAAAUCAUUCCUUCAGUUCAUCACUGGUGGAGGACCAUCAUACUAUCAGUUCAGUGUUAUUGUCACAGCGCUCCACCAUAAUCCCCAUCCCAAAGAAACCCAAAAUCACAGGACUGAAUGACUACAGAACCGUCGCUCUCACAUCUGUGGUAAUGAAGUCAUUUGAGAGACUUGUAUUGGCUUAUCUGAAGGACAUCACAGAACCCUUACUGGACCCCCUGCAGUUUCCCUACAGAGCAAACAGGUCUGUUGAGGAUGCAGUUAACAUGGGGCUGCAUUUUGUCCUGAAACAUCUGGAUAGAUCAGGGAUCUAUGUAAGGAUCCUGUUUGUGGACUUCAGCUCUGCUUUCAACACCAUCAUCCCAUCACUGCUCCAGACAAAGUUAACCCAGCUAUCUGUUCCUGGCUCUAUCUGUCAGUGGAUCACCAGCUUUCUGACAGACAGGCAACAGUUAGUGAGAAAGGGGAAACUCACAUCCAGCACUCGCACAAUCAGCACUGGCGCCCCCAAGGGAUGCGUUCUCUCCCCACUGCUCUUCUCCCUGUACACAAAUGACUGCACUUCCCAGGACCCUUCUGUAAGACUUCUGAAGUUCGCAGACAACACCACACUCAUUGGCCUCAUCCAGGAUGGUGAUGAAUCUGCUUACAGACAGGAGGUUGAGCAGCUGUCUGUCUGGUGCAGUCAUAACAACUUGGAGCUGAACACGCUUAAAACAGUGGAGACGAUUGUGGAUUUCAGGAGAAACCCCCCUGCACUCCCCCCUCUCACCAUCAUGAACAGCACUGUGGCAGCAGUGGAGUCAUUCAGGUUCCUUGGCACCACCAUCUCUCAGGACCUGAAGUGGGACAAUCACAUUGGCUCUAUUGCUAAAAAAGCCCAGCAGAGGUUGUACUUAUUACAUCAGCUGAAGAAGUUCAUCCUACCACAAGCUCUAUUAAAACAGUUUUACUCAUCAGUCAUAGAGUCUGUCCUCUGCACAUCCAUCACUGUCUGGUUUGGCUCAGCCACAAAGUCAGACCUCAGAAGACUACAGAGGACGGUUCGGACUGCUGAGAAGAUCAUUGGUGCUCCCUUGACCACCCUCUAAGAACUGUAUACAUCCAGAGUGAGGAAAAGGGCUCAGAAGAUCACCCUGGACCUCUCACAUCCAAGCCAUCAUCUCUUCACAAUGCUGCCGUCUGGUCGGCGCUACAGAGCACUGAGCAGCAAAACAACCAGACACUAAAAUAGCUUCUUCCCUCAGGCCAUCUACCUCUUGAACAGUUAAAUUUUUUUUUUUUUUUUUCUUGUGUACAAAACUUCUUAUGUGCAAUUAAUUCUGUGCAGUAAUAAUAAAGUGCAAUCUUCAAUAUCCUUCAGAUAAUACACUAUCUAUUUUUUAUACAACUUUUUCUGUAAAUUAUAUUUCAUCUUGCUGUAUAUAACACUUUUACUGAAAUAGUCUAUUCUAUUUUUUACUUAAUUUUUUUUUACUUUUUAACUUUACUCUCUAUAGCCUUACUCUUAUGUUUAUUGUAUCGUAUUUCUUAAUUUUUAUACCCAUUGGCCCUUAUUUAAGUCAGCUGUGUAACUUUUGUAUUGUUUGAUGGUCUCUGUGUUGUUGCUUAUUCUGUGUACUGGAUGCUCCUGUCACCAAAACAAAUUCCUUUUAUGUGCAAACAAACUUGGCAUAAAAGCUCUUUCUGAUUCUAAUUCUGA